UUGCUAAAGACAGAUGCUUCAAUAGAGCCAAACAUUCCUAUCUUACUUAACUAAAUAUGAUAAUAAAUUAAGUUUAUGGAGCUGGAAAUAGUUAUAAUUUCUUUUUUCUUGCAGUGAGGAGGCACGGAACAACAUUUAGCAAACUGAUCUUGGCUUAAUUCCUACCGAUAUUAUGCAGCACAAACUCUUAUUUGAUGGAGACUAUAAAUCAAGAAUUAGCAAUGAAUAAUACGCUUCGCUUUAGCGGUAAGAGGCUGCUGAGUAGCUUCUCCCCCCACCCCCCAGUAAUGGUAAAGGCUAGGCUUGAUAUUUUUAUGUCACUUUUAAUAAGAAAGGGGGAAACACUUUGCUAUUCAUCUUAAAGAGAAGCUUUUUGCUUCUAGUUACAUGGAGUAACACCGAAUAGAUUUACCUUCCUGCCUCAAAAAAGUGAAGACCAAAAAAGCAUUUGUUUUCAGACACUGGAGAGCAGGCACUGUUAGGGCUGUGAUGCUACGACUGCUCCUACAUGCUGGGGGCAGUCUCCAGUUUCAUCUCAAUGUGGGUUGUCACAGCUUCCAAUCUAAGGACGAUCUACAUUUACUUACGUAGGUAAAAUUACUGUUGCUACGGGUAAAUUCACAGAAGUAAAACCCAGAGAAUCCGGUUGGCUGGCUGGGAGAGGCGGAACCAAUUCCAGGCUCAGCAAGGUCUCGCGAUACCGUGAGAUCCGCAGGCCUGACGACACCGCCGCAGAGACUUCCCUGAGACCCGAGGGUGGGCGGUGCGAGCGGCUGUUACCUCGGAGCUCUGCUUUUCUGGGGAAAACGGGCGUUGACCUGCGGUCGGUCCGACUGUAACCAACAUGAGCGGCCUGGAUGGGGUCGAGAAGACCCCUCCCCUUCAAACGCACAGCAUCACUUUUUCUGACGACGUCCCGGGCGACCCGGACGCACGCCAGUGCCUGAGGCUCCGCGACCAAAGCGAGGCGACACAGGUGAUGGCGGAGCCGGGUGAGGGAGGCUCAGAGACCGUCGCGCUCCCGCCCUCGCAGGCUUCAGAGGAAGGGUGCGUACCCCAGGAUCCCGCGGGCCGUGGCGGUACUCCCCAGAUCCGAGUUGUUGGGGGUCGCGGUCAUGUGGCGAUCACAGCCGGGCAUGAAGAGGGCCAGCCUCCUGCCGAGGGCCUGGCAGCCGCUUCAGUGGUGGUGGCAGCGGACCACAGCCUGAGAAAGGGCGUUCAGGGUGGAGAGAAGGCCCUAGAAAUCUGUGACGCCGAGAGGUCCGCGUCUGAGCUGACGGCGGGGGCGGAGGCGGAGGAGGCGAAGGGAGGAAAGUGCGCCACCGUCUCAGCAGCCGUGGCUGUGGAGCAGGGGGCUGAGGUGGUGGUGAAGGAAGGCCUGGCGGAGGAGGAGGUAGUGGAGGAGCAGAUGGAGGUCGAGGAGCAGCCGCCAGAAGGUGAAGAAAUAGAAGUGGCGGAGGAAGAGGCGAGGGAGGAGGAAGGGCCGUGGCCUCUGCAUGAGGCUCUCCGCAUGGACCCUCUGGAAGCCAUCCAGCAGGAACUGGACACUGUGAAUGCUCAGGCCGAUAGGGCCUUCCAACAACUAGAGCACAAAUUUGGGCGCAUGCGUCGACACUACCUGGAGCGGAGGAACUACAUCAUUCAGAAUAUUCCGGGCUUCUGGAUGACAGCUUUUCGAAACCACCCCCAGUUGUCCGCCAUGAUCAGGGGCCAAGAUGCAGAUAUGUUAAGGUACAUAACCAAUUUAGAGGUGAAGGAACUCAGACACCCUAGAACUGGCUGCAAGUUCAAGUUCUUCUUUAGAAGAAACCCCUACUUCAGAAACAAGCUGAUUGUCAAGGAAUAUGAGGUAAGAUCUUCCGGCCGAGUGGUGUCUCUUUCCACUCCAAUUAUAUGGCGCAGGGGGCAUGAACCCCAGUCCUUCAUCCGCAGAAACCAAGACCUCAUCUGCAGCUUCUUCACCUGGUUCUCAGACCACAGCCUUCCAGAGUCCGACAAAAUUGCUGAAAUUAUUAAAGAAGAUCUGUGGCCAAAUCCACUGCAAUACUACUUGUUGCGUGAAGGAGUCCGUAGAGCCAGACGUCGCCCACUGAGGGAGCCAGUAGAGAUCCCCAGGCCCUUUGGGUUCCAGUCGGGUUAACAUUUGCCCUUGGGAAUACUUCUGCACAAGGUCUCCUACCACCACCUGCUGGACCUGUGCUUGGGCAACAGAAAUGGGUAUGCCUUCUACUGUGUUUUGUUUUUGCUGACUUUUCUGCACCCUCUUUCCUUUGGAUAUUCACUUCUCUCAACCUCAAGAUUGAGACGGUGGUGGGUAUGCUUCUCCACUUCCAUAUGACUUCCAUGCUGUUCUGGAAUAUCACAUGCUACGAUGCCAUCCUUCACACUACUAAGCCAAGCAAACGAUACUGUAGAUGGUACUGCCUUUAUCUGUACUGCUUGGACCCUGUUUAUUCCCAGGGUCUCUGAACUAGUUGCUAUCACCUGGAUUUCUAGCUUUGUCUGGGAGCCUAUUCUAUCUACUUAGCUCUGCAUCGGGCAGUAUGGGCACAUGGCCUGUGGACAGUUACUGGACGUUAAUGAACUCAG